AACAUGUGGCGCUAGAUUUUCCCGUGUGCUGUUGGCUUUCUUGUUUUUCUGUUCUACACUUCUACUCCAUUUCCCAAAAUUCGAUCUUUCUCCUCGAAAUGUUGACGACUCUUGUAAUUCCUACUAACUAAAAUUAAACCCAUUAGACUUCUUCACCAAAACUGAAGCAAGAACACUGAACCCUUCUAUCUGUGUUGUGAAUGGCCCAAUUCACAAUACAUGGGCGCCUGAAGCUUUUUUUCAAUGGUGAUCACCAAGACCCAUUUCAGUAUAAUCUUGUUGGUCCUACUUCGGUUAAUGGGUUGAGAUCGAUUAGACUCCAUAAGCGUAGUGUUUGGUUCAUUGGCUCUAGUUCAAGACUAUAUGGUUCUUCUUCUUUGAACAAGAAAUCCAAGUGUUUCAGUGUAAAGGGGAGUCUCACUGUGAGUGAUGAGGGGAUUCAUGAUGAAAGUGAAGAUUAUGAUCGCGAGUUUGAAAGGGAUGAAUUGUCUGGUUUUAGAGGCCUGGUCUUGGACGUUUCUUAUAGGCCAGUCAAUGUUGUAGGCUGGAGACGCGCUAUUUGUUUGGAGUUUAUGGAGAAGGCUGAUGUUCUGGAAUAUUAUGAUCAGACUGUUAACUCCCCAAGUGGUUCAUUCUGCAUUCCAGCUGUGUUAAGGGUUCCACAUUUACUACAGAUUGUGAAGAGAAGAAGAAUCAAAAACAGCCUUAGUCGCAAAAAUGUUCUCUUCCGAGAUAAUUUUACUUGUCAGUAUUGUUCUUCACGUGAGAACUUGACAAUUGAUCAUGUUUUGCCUGUUGCACGUGGAGGGGAAUGGAAAUGGGAAAAUCUGGUUACUGCAUGUUCUAAGUGUAACUCAAAGAAAGGACAAAAAACUCCAGAGGAAGCAAAUAUGAAGUUGAAGAAGCCCCCCAAGGCACCUAAAGACUAUGACAUCCUUGCGAUACCUCUAACAAACUCUGCAAUAAAGAUGCUGAAGACAAGGAAGGGAAUGCCUGAAGAGUGGCGUCAAUAUCUAUCGAUACCUAACUCGGAGCCUUGACAUUCGUCAGUGGUAACAGUUGUUGUACAUUUCUAUGCACAUAAUGUCAGUAGAUACCCAAACCCCAGCCGCCCCCCCCCCCCCCCCCCCAAAAUCCAAUGGAAAUGUAAGCGUUAAAUCUGUUUUUAAUGAUUGGAUAUAUCAUGUACAGUGGAUCGUAUUGAAAAUUUGACAAUUACUUUUAACAUACCAAUUCAAAUGCAAGUCCAUAUGGAUAUAUUACUGGAAA